AUGGCUUUUCGCUCUGAAGACAAGGUUCCUCAUUUUGAGGACAAGGUUCUUCAUUCUGAGUGCAAGGUUCUUCACUCUGAGGACAAGGUUCUUCACUCUGAGGACAAGGUUCUUACUCUGAGGACAAGGUUCUUCUCUGUGAUAACAAGGUUCCUCACACUGAGGACAAGGUUCUUGUUUCUGAGGACAAGGUUCUUCUGUCUGUGGACAAGGUUCCUCACACUGAGAACAAGGCUCCUCGCUCAGAGGACAAGGUUUCUCACUCUGACGACGAGGUACCUGAAUUUGAGGACAAUGUUCUUCAUUCUGAGAAGAAGGUUCUUUACUCUGAGAACAAGGUUCUUCACCCUGAGAACAAGGUUCUUCACUCAGAGGACAAGGAUCCUCACAAUGAGGAGAGGUUUCCUCACUUUGAGGACAAAGUUCUCCUUUCUGAGGAGAAGGUUCUUCACUCUGAGGACAAGGUUCUCCACUCGGAGGAAAAGGUUCUUCACUCUGGGAACAAGGUUCCUGACAGUGAAGACAAGGUUCUUCACUCUGAGGACAAGGUUUCUAACCCUGAGUACAAGGUUCUUCACUCUGAGGACAAGGUUCUUCAUUCUGAGGACAAGGUUCUUCACUCUGAGGACAAGGUUCUUUACUGUGAGGACAAAGCUCUUCACUCUGAGGACAAGGUUCAUCACCCUGAAGGCAAGGUUCUUCACUCUGAGGACAAGGAUCCUCACAAAGAGGACAAGGUUCCUCACCUUAAGGACGAGGUUCUUCUUUCUAAGGACAAGGUUCUUCACUCUGAGGACAAACUUCUCCACUCUGAGGAAUAGGUACUUCGCUCUGAGGACAAGGUUCCUGACACUGAAGAGAAGGUUCUUUACUCUGAGGACAAGGUUUCUCACCCUGAGGACAAUGUUCUUCACUCUGAGGACAAGGUUCUUCAUUCUGAGGACAAGGUUUCUAUCUUUGAGGACAAGGUUUCUCACUCUGAGGAGGAUGUUCUUCACUGUGAGGACAAUGAUUUUCACACUGAGGACAAGGUUUCUCAUUCUCCGGACAAGUUUUGUCAAUCUGAGGAAAAGGUUCCUCACUUUGAGGACGAGGUUUUUCACUCUAAGGACAAGGUUCUUUACUCUGAGAACAAGGGUCUACACCGUAAGCACAAGGUUCCUCACACUGAGGACAAGGUUUUUCUUUUUGAGGACAAGGUUCCUCACUCUGAGGGCAAGGGUACUCACUCUGAGGUCAAGGUUCCUCACUCUGAGGACAAGGUUCUUUACUCUGAGAACAAGGUUCCUCACUUUGAGGAGAAGUUUCCUGUCUUUGUGGAUAAGGUUUUUCACUCUGAGGAGAAUGUUCUUCACUGUGAGGACAAUGAUCCUCACACUGAGGACAAGGUUCCUCACUCUGAGGACAAGGUUCCUCACUCUGAGGACUCUGAGGACAAGGUUCCUCAUUCUGAGGACAAGGUUCUUUACUCUGAGGACAAGGUUCCUCACUCUGAAGACAAGGUUCUUUACUCUGAGGACAAGGUUCUUCACUCUGAGGAGAAGGUUCCUCACACUGAGGACAAGGUUCCUCACACUCCGGACAAGGUUUCUCACUCUCAGGACAAUCUUCCUAACUUUGAGGACAAGGUUCAUCACCUGAGGACAAGAUACUUUACUCUUAGGAGAAGGUUCUUCAUUCUGAGGACAAGGUUCCUCACACUGAGGAGAAGGUACUUCAUUCUAAGCACAAGGUUCCUCAUUCUGAGGACAAGGUUCCUCGCUCUGAGGAUAAGGUUCCUCACUCUCAGGAUAAGGUUUCGCAUUGUGAGGACAAAGUUCCUGACUUUGAGGGCAAGGUUCUUCACUCUGAGGACAAGGUUCUUUACUGUGAGGACAAGGUUCUUCAUUCUGAGGAGAAGGUUCCUCACACUGAGGACAAGGUUCUUCAUUCUAAGCACAAGAUUCCUCAUUCUGAGGACAAGGUUUGUCACUCUGAGGUGAACGUUCUUCGCUGUGAUUAGAAUGUUCCUCACACUGACGACAAGGUUCUUCACUCUAAGGACAAGGUUCCUCACACGCAGGACAAGGUUCCUCACUCUGAGGACAAUGUUUCUCACUCGGAGGACAAGGUACCUCACACGGAGGACAAGGUUGCUCAGUCUGAGGACAAGGUUUGUCACUCUGAGGAAAAGGUACCUCAUUUUGAGGACAAGGUUCUUCAUUCUGAGAAGAAGGUUCUUUACUCUGAGGACAAGGUUCUUCACUUUGAGGACAAGGUUCUCCACUCUGGGGCAAUGUUCCUGACACUGAUGAGAAGGUUAUUCACUCUGAGGAUAAGGUUCCUCACCCUGAGGACAAGGUCCUUCACUCUGAGGACAAGGUUCUUCACUGUGAGGACAAGGGUCUUCACCCUGAGGACAAGGUUCCUCACACUGAGGACAAGGUUCUUCACUCUGAGGACAAGGUUCCUCACACUGAAGACAAGGUUCUGCAUCCUGAGUACAAGGUUCCUCAUUCUGCGGACAAGGUUCCUCACUCUGAAGACAAGUUUUUUCAAUCUGAGGACCAGGUUUUUCAAUCUGAGGACAAG